AUUUGACUGAAACGGAACACGGAACAGUCUGGGCAGGGACAGUGGGUGCCAUUGCGCGGGACUCUUUUUAGCGCUUGAAAAUUAUUUAUGUAUUUGCUGUAAUAAUUGCACUUGACAAUCCACUAGAUUAUAAAUCUACUGUAACGGGUUUACGGUGGUAUAAUGCAUUAACGUGCUUAGCUACAAACGUGCGCUUCGCUUCAAAUAUAUUGGGAUAGCCUAUAAGCAUUUAUGCGGUUUGUAAAGACGAUGGAUCCGACAGAUUUUCUAGAAGAUGAGCAACUUCUGCAGUUCCUUCACUGCAGGAAAACUGAACUGUCAGUUAUCGAAGAUCCACGUCUCUUUUUGAACCAGCUUAACGACUACAAUCUACUACCGACUGAUAUGUACGAGAAAGUGAUCCGGACAAAGAGCAAAGCUCAGAGACAAAAGAGUGUGUAUGAGAUGCUGGACUGGCUGGAGAGGAAGAGACCACAGCACAUCAAGCUGUUCUGGAAGUGUGUGUUCAAGGAACAUCUCCUUCUGCACUAUCCCACUCUGCGGCAGCUGCGCAGCAGCCUGAUGGACGCGUCUGUUCAUGUAGGGUCGUUUACAUUCUCUGAAGAACUACCAGAAAAGGUGGAGCAGGGCAUAAAGAAGAAGACAGCUCCUGAGGACGGGGAAAAGAUGGGGAAGAAAAAGAAGACAACAAGAAGUGUGAGUCUGGAUGAGGAGAAGGCUGGGCCCUCCUCCCUGCACACCCCACGCAAGAGGAAGAAAGUCCAGAAGCCAAGCUUUGGGACUCCUCUGACGAAGGGGCAGAGCAGGGACAUCUGGACCUGGGAGCUGUACCGGACGCAGGUACCGGUCACAUGUGGGGACAAGGAGGGCAUGCUGUACAGAGCCAAGCUGGCCAAAGGAAAGAAGUGCAUCAUAGUCAAGAACGAGUGGUUCACCCCCGCUGGCUUUGAGGAGUUUGGGGGAAAGAAGAGCUGUGGGAACUGGAAAGGGUCUAUACGAUGUGGGGACACCUCUCUGGACAAACUGAUACAGGAAGGUCACCUGACAUCUCCAGGCUUGACCAGAGACAGGAGCCACAGUCCAAAGAUUAAAAGAACUCCCAGAAGCCACUCCAAGACCUCCAUUACUGAAUCUGAAUCUGAGGAGGAGGAGAGAGAGACAGGAGAGUCCGACUCUGAACAUGACCGUGAUGGAGGUCAACCUCAAGUCUUCAAAGUGACCUGUGGGAUCAUCAGUGGAGUCUUGCAUAAGUACCGUUUUGCGUCAGGGACUUGUGGGAAGAGCAUCCGUACGGAGCACAGCUGGAUGACCCCCGUGGAAUUCCUGAGUGAGGGGUCAGUCGCCUCAGAUGACUGGAGAUGGAGACAAGACAUCCAGUGUGAUGGGAGACCUCUCAGCUUCCUCAUAGAGGAGGGGAGUUUGACCAUCCAUACCCGGUGUGCGUGCAGGCUCUGCAGCUCAGACCCUGAAGACCUGAAGGAACAGAGCAGCGAUGAUGACUGCUUCAUCUGCCGAGGCGUUGGUGACCUGGUCUUGUGUGACACGUGUCCUCGAUCCUUUCACCAGGACUGUCACCUGCCCAGACUGGACAACGCCUUAGUGAAUAGCGAAUGUGAGUGGGUGUGUACAGUCUGUGUGUACCAGACCAGCAAAGACUGGCGCUACCCAGAAGGAAAAACCCUGCAAGAAGCUCAUUCCUGCCCUGUCUACACACAGCUACUGGAAUGCCAGUAUCUCCUCAUGUAUAUGUACCAUGCUGACGAGGAGAGGGUCUUUGCUACAGAUUCCUGCCUUAAGAUCGAGGGCUACAGGCGUGUGGUCCGGACUCCCAUGUGGCUGGACAAGGUGAAGGAGAAGCUCCAGCAGGAACAGUACCAGACAGUUCAACACUUCAUGAUGGACCUUCUGCUCAUCUUCGACAACUGUGCCACUUUCAACAAGGAUGAUAGAAGGAUCCGUGAUCUUGGAUUCAAAUUAAGGGAUUGCUUUGAGAGCGAGUUCACUAGUGUUUUCAGGGUUCAACAGUAAACCUAUUUCUGUCACGGCCACAGCCGUGCCCCCCUAUUGUUUUUGGUUUUGCCCUGCCCUAGUGUUUCCCUGUCAUUGUCGUCACCUGUCUCGUUCAGUUGUCGU